AAUGUAGAAAGAUCCAUUUGAUAUCAUGAUUAAAGGCAAAUCAACUUAAGAUCAAAUAGCUUCUUAUUUAGUAAAAGUAGUAUUAGGUCUUAGAGAUAAAGAAAAUACAUAAAAAUCUGUUAAACUUUUAGGAUCUGGUGCAGCCAUUCCUCAUGCUAUUUUGGUGGCUGAAAUUAUUAGAUCAAGAAUUAAAGGUGUUAAUUCAAUCACAUAAUUUGAAAGCAUGGAAAAAGACAUCUAAGAUCAAGAUAAUAAAGAAUAAUCAUUCCAUCUUUUCAUUCCAGCAAUCCGAAUUACUUUGACGUAAAUUUAAUUAUAUAAUUUAGUAUGAAUCCUACUGAAGAAGAAAAAUUAAUGCCUGGAUUUCAAAUAUAAAAUGAAGUAGGAGAUGAUAAAAAUAUAGAACUUUUUGAUUAUGUAAUGAUGUACAUUAGAAAUCUUUAUUAUUGGAAAGGAAAGGCUAAAGAAGGAAAAGAUAAUGAUCACAGAAAUUAUAAGCAAAUUAAAUCUAAUUAAGAUGAUAAAUUUGAUAGAAGACAAGAAAAUACUAAAAAUUAUUAAUAAACAAAAUAAUCUUAUGCUAAUCCAGAUAAAUCAGAAAAUUGGAAUAAAGAUAGAAAUCAAUUCUAAUAAACAUAAAAUUAACGAAAUCUAAUGACUAGAGGAAAUAUAAGAAGUAAUAGAAAUGAUAGAGAUGGCUAACCUCCAAGAGUGAAGAAUUAAUAUGUAGAAGUAAAUAAAUAUUUUAUAAAUUUAUAGAAAAAUUAAGAUACAAAAGAUUAACAAAGAGAAGAGAGAGUCAUUAGACAAGGAGAAGUUCGUACUAGAGGAGGUUCAUAGAGAACUUAACAUUGAAA